AUGAGCCGCUUGUCGUGGCGACAGGCCCUGUGGGCGCUGGCCGUGUUGUGUACGCUGGCGCCCUCGCAAGCUGAUGGAAACAUAGGUUGCUUAUUCAGUGGAUCCUUAUGUAUAGAGGGAGGGGAAUGGUGCUAUGACGAUUACGCUUUUGGUAAAUGUAUACCAAUUUAUGAAGGCGAUCCAGACGAUGGCUCCCUCUAUCAAUAUGACAUGAGCUCUAAGCAGCUCCAAUGGUUUGAAGGAGAGCUGCAAAGGCUGGCGACUCGAGGGUAUCGCUGGGAGCAUGCUUAUACGCAAUGCGUGCUUCAGGCUAUGCUCUAUGCUUUGAGACAGAAUAUGGAACCUGCUCAUGUAAAUUCCAAGUUGUGUGAGCAUUUUGCUGAUCCGAAAUUAAGUACUGCUAAUGUGGAAAAUGUUGAUGAAGUUACAGAUAUGGAACCAGAUGAGACAGCUUUUGUAAGGUUUACGCCGAAUUCAGAGUUGGGUGAUUCAGAUUACGCUAAUGAGGUAUAUAAUCCUCCCUUCACGCCCGAUGAUGACUCGACUUCUUAUAUAAUAUCAAAAGAUCAAUCAGACAUCGAAGGUCAAUCCCCUAGUGACAAAAUAAGGAACUUAAUGUUAAUGAGCGGUCUAGAAGAAUCACCUGCUAUAAUACCUUUCCAAGGAUUUAGAGAGAGACUUCAAUCAGAACAGGAAGCAAAAUUGGGAGAUAGCAAGUAUUUUAACCCCUUAACUGACAAAGAUAAAAAGUCUUUGCCAGAUUUUAACAGAGACAAUAACGCUGACAAGUACGCAAGUGAAGAGCGUCUAGGUGCACAUUUUAGAAAAUUAAAAACUAAACCUUUACCCUUCACAGCUGAAUACCUUACAAGUAAUUACUCUCCUCUAGAUGCGGAAGUACAUUCUAAUGCCUUAGAGAAAUAUAAACAGAGUUUUGCUGAAAAAAAUUUUCCGUUUGAAUAUGAAAAUCCUGUAGAUUUCCAAGAGCCAAGAAUUUAUAUUGACCAUGAUGAUUUGGAUGAUCUUUCUAUGGAUGCAGGCAGUGGGAAAUACGAUCCCUACAAUUUAAAAGGAACUGAAGGUAAAGAUUCUAAGAAUAUGGAAUAUUUAUUUCAUUAUUGGCGGAGAUUAAAGGAGCUAAAACCGCAAGAAACCAUAUAUUCAGAGGGCGGGCCGCUUAAACCAGAUGAUAAGGAAGGUGAGAGUUCAAAAUUUUAUCUAUCUGAAGAAUUGCAAGAUUUUCUAGAUAGAGAAUGGGGCUUUAAACGUAGGGAAAGAGACGAUGUUAAAAAGCCCGGACCGCGUCUGGACGCAAAAACCUUAAAGUUAUUGUACCACAAUAAAUCGGUGACAGCUCAGGGAUCGUCAGUUAAUCAGAAGUUGAGUCAAAUAAGUCACGACCACAACGACUUUGACUAUGAUCCAUCAUAUGCAUACGUGACAUUUAAAAAUAGAUUCCUAACUGAUUGGGAAAAGGGCCUCGCAUUCAUAUCAAAACUUGAAGAAUUGCUUGGAUUAGAGAAAAAUACUUUUACAAAUCCUCGUGUUGAUCCUGGAGAGGUGACGUUUAAAGUAGAAAAAAACAGUAAGGGCUAUGAAGCUGAAGACGUCGCCAGGCAUGUGGUUGACAUCAAAGAUCAAUUACGUCGAGAAACCGGCGCACAAAUACUGUCAACUGGCAUAGGAGAUCGGAGUAAACUGCCUGUUAUCACCGAAACAGAAGUCUACGAUUCCGGUUACUUCGGAGUUGCAGCGCCAGUGCUAUUGGCGAUAAUCGGAAGUUUGUCAGUUUUGAUAGUAGGCAUUGUAAUUUUCGGUAUUCUACUGAAGCGAGACUAUGACUCACGGAGGAAGAUACACGGACUUGCAUCCGCAGCGGAGAUUGACGCAGAAGCCACCAGAGAUUAUCAGGAGCUAUGUCGUGUGAGGAUGUCAGGCAAAUUGCCGGGACAGCCUACAGCAGCUCCUUCGCAACCCGUAGAUCCCCCUCAGCGCAUUACCUCUCUGUCCCGAGAAACUGAUGGCAAUUCACCCUCUACACGUUCUAGUACCUCGUCAUGGAGCGAGGAACCAGCUUUAACCAACAUGGAUAUAUCUACGGGACACAUGGUCUUGGCUUACAUGGAAGACCACCUACGCAAUAAGGACCGUUUGGAGCAAGAAUGGCGCGCUUUAUGCGCAUAUGAAGCUGAACCCUGCGCGACCGUUGCUGCACUGAAAGCCGAGAACACGGGCAAGAACCGAUACGCUGACGUACUGCCCUAUGACCACUCCAGGGUCACCCUAAAUACUUUAUCUAAUCAUCUCGGCUCUGAUUACAUCAAUGCUUCGACUAUUACGGACCACGAUCCCCGCAACCCGGCGUACAUCGCCGCGGCCGGUCCGCUCGCGCAUACCGCGCCGGACUUCUGGCAGAUGGUGUGGGAACAGGGAAGCGUUGUCAUGGUCAUGCUCACGCGGCUCACUGAGAAUGGACAGCAGCUCUGCCACCGCUACUGGCCCGAAGAGGGCUCAGAGCUUUACCACAUUUAUGAGGUACAUCUUGUGAGCGAACAUAUCUGGUGUGAUGACUACCUAGUCCGCAGCUUCUAUCUGAAGAACCAACGCACCGGCGAAACUCGCACCGUUACGCAGUUCCACUUCCUGUCCUGGCCUGAAAACGGAGUACCCGCGUCCACCAAGGCUCUACUUGAAUUUAGAAGAAAAGUCAAUAAGUCGUAUAGAGGAAGAUCUUGCCCAAUCGUGGUGCACUGCAGUGAUGGCGCCGGUCGCACUGGUACAUACUGCUUAAUUGACAUGGUUUUGAAUCGCAUGGCGAAAGGCGCUAAGGAAAUCGACAUCGCGGCCACGCUCGAGCACAUCCGUGACCAACGCCCUCGCACGGUUGCCACCAAACAACAGUUUGAAUUUGUGCUGAUGGCGGUGGCUGAAGAGGUACAUGCGAUACUCAAGGCUCUACCGGCUCAUUUGCAACAACUGCAAGAAAAGAAGGAAAAGGAGAAAGAAAAAGACAAGGACGCUACUGAAAAGGAGAAACCUAAUUGA